AGUGUUCUUUUGUUGGGAAGGGAUUGUAGCUUGUGAUAUAAAGACGAUUGUUUUUGGCUCUGAAGCUUUUUGGCUCAUGUUGUAAAGUAUGAUUUGGUAAGAAAGAGCCUGCUCUGUAAUCAGAAUUAAAGUUAUCUUAUUCAAAAUGUCAAACGUUGGAUUUGUAUGUUUCAUGGACCCUAAUAUGCAUAAACGAAAAUAAGUGAAAAACUGUUUCUUUGCGAAGACAUUGAUUGAUUGAGACUUGUUGAGCAAGGAACAAAAUCUGGAUGGAUUCUAAUACUUUGAAGCCAUCACACAUGAUUGACACUCUACAAGGACAACACAAGAGGAUAAUCUUCUUUUAUUUGCCAGGUUGGUGCAACAAACUCAUUAAAUUUUCUGUCCUAUAAUAUAGUAAAGAAAGUCUGUUUUUCAUUCUCUAGAACCAUGCUACGUCUCAAGAUCUUAAAAUAGCAUCUUGAGGUAACAAAGAGUUGAUAGAUUCUCAGGGCCUUCUUUCUCGUUUUGUUUUUUUCUUUUUUUCUUAUCUCAGAUCUCAUGGGACCAUCAUUCCUCAAGAACAAGUUGACCACUAAGGUUUUUUUGUGCUGUAGAGGUUUUGGAGUAAAGCAAAGAAGUGAAAAAAGCAUAUGACUUGUGCUUUAAGCGUAGAUAUUGUAGACAAACAAGUCCUCUUUCUUCGUGUACUUUUAAGCCAAGCCAAUAAACCCCCAUUAAUUAGUAUUCAUAUAUAAAUUCAACCUCAAACCAUUAAUCUCUGCAAAGAACUCUCAGAAUAUAAUUAAAACCAGAAUCUUCUCUUGGUGUUUUGAUAGAGGCAUAUGAUGGACAAGCUCUUCAUUCUUUCCCUUAUUGGUAUACUAAUGGUAACUGCUUAUGGAGUUGCAGCGAAAAUGGUGUACACCGAUCUCGACAUCCUUGAAAAGCUUGAGAACUUUGACAUACCUGAAGAUGAUGCUGAUGAUUAUGAUACAAAGCUCUUUGACUGGCCGUCUUUCACAAGCCGGAGUUCUGGUAAGAAUCUAGUGAAUGUGGAUACAUUUGGUGCAGCUGGAGAUGGUAUUUCUGAUGAUACUCAGGCAUUUGUGAGCGCAUGGAACAAGGCCUGUGGUAUGCCAAAAUCAGUGUUACUGGUACCACAAGGACGGACUUAUUUAGUAAAUGCAACAAAGUUUAAUGGUCCAUGUGAAACUAAGUUGGUCAUUCAGAUUGAUGGAAAAAUAGUGGCACCAGAUGAGCCUAGCAACUGGGACCCAAAGUUCCAAAGAAUAUGGCUAGAGUUUUCGAAGCUCAAAGGAGUUGUGUUCCAAGGGAAUGGAGUUAUAGAUGGUUCUGGCAGCAAAUGGUGGGCUGCUUCUUGCAAGAAAAACAAAUCUAAUCCUUGCAAAAGUGCACCAACGGCACUAACUAUAGAAUCUAGUUCAGGUGUGAAAGUAACAGGCUUGACGAUCCAGAACAGCCAGCAGAUGAAUUUCAUCAUUGCAAGGUCAAACUCAGUUCGAGUCUCCAAAGUUAUGGUCUCAUCUCCAGGAGAUAGUCCCAACACUGAUGGUAUCCAUAUCACUGGUUCUACUAAUGUUGUUCUUCAAGACUGCAAAAUCGGCACAGGGGAUGAUUGUGUCUCUAUUGUGAAUGCAAGCUCGAACAUAAAGAUGAAGAAGAUCUAUUGUGGACCUGGACAUGGUAUCAGCAUUGGAAGUCUUGGGAAUAAUAACUCAACAGGCAUUGUAACAAACGUUGUGUUGGACACUGCCUUCUUGAAAGAGACAACUAAUGGACUCAGAAUCAAAACAUAUCAGGGAGGUUCUGGUUAUGUUCAAGAUGUUAGAUUCACUAACGUUCAGAUGCAAGAUGUCUCUAACCCUAUACUAAUUGAUCAGUUCUACUGUGAUAAUCCAACUUCAUGUCAAAACCAGACCUCGGCGGUUAAAAUCAGCCAGAUAAUGUACCGUAACAUAACCGGGACAACCAAAAGCGAAAAAGCCAUCAAGUUUGCAUGCAGCGACACUGUCCCUUGCAGCCACAUUGUCCUCAACAAUGUGAAUCUUGAAGGCAGAGACGGUCAAGUCGAAGCUUACUGUAACUCAGCUGAAGGUUUUGGGUAUGGAGUGAUUCAUCCAUCUGCUGAUUGUCUGUACUCGCACGACAACAAGGGCUUGGACCAGAGUCACAAGUCAGAACCUGAAACGGUAACCGAGGAAGCUGAGACUGGCCACGACGAGCUUUGAUGGUGGUGGUGAUGUUUUCAAGUGUUGUAGUGAGGGAUGAUGAUAUGUGUAAUAUAGUUUUAUGAAGCAUAUGAUACAGUAACAAAAAGAUUUAUAUUUAUAUUUUUUCAUAGUCAACCAUAAGAUUGUUCUUCAUAGCAUUUCUCCACCUUUUGUAUUAUACAACUACAAGUCAUGUACACGUUUUUUCAACAUUUAAAGUAUCAAGGAUGAAAUUUAAAUA